CUCCCCACUCGAUUCCUCUGGAGGGCUUUGAGUUCUGCGCUGUGGAAAUCGCUGCGCUGUUCCCACAGGCCACAGAAUAGCGAUAGCGCAGCCCAGGGCCUCAAUCUUUUCCCUCCCUUCGCACUGAAUCUCGUCUCCCCCGCGGCGGAAACUUCCACGGCCCCUUCCGGCCGGUGCUUGGACCUCUCAGCCAUCCAAAGGUCCUGUUAUCCGGUCGGCAGAAGUAAUCUCUCCACGAAUCGAGGCUCUUUCGCCGCAAUAGCUGAUAAUUUCUUGCACCUAAGGGUUUAAUUUGUUCUUCCCGUUACACGUGGUUUGAUUUGGGGUUCGUAGGGCGGUUCAAGAGGACCAGAGAAGCUUGGUUUGAUUUCUUGAUUCGUUAAAAACUGAACCUUUUUCCCCGAUUGAUUUCGUACUGGGUUAGAGAUGCCGCGGACGGUGUCUCGUUCUCCUUCGCACAGGAGAAGGCGCUCUCCUUCUCCCAGGUACAGCAGCAGGAGAAGCAGAAGAGAUCGCAGCCGCUCUCCUUAUUCAUAUAGGAGAAAAAGUCGUUCUCCUUCCCCAAGAUGGCGUAAAAGCCGUUCUCCAACCCCCAGGAGGCGCAAAAGUCAUUCUCCAUCUCCAAGGAGAUACAGACGACGAAGCAGGAGCACCACAAGGUCCCCUAUAGACAAGUCUCGAAGCCCUAGUCUUGGGUUGGUAGAGCGCAAAAAUUCCAUCGAGAAACAAAGAAGAGAAGAAGAAGAAAAGAGAAGGCGUCAAAAAGAGGCAGAACUAAAACUAUUAGAAGAGGAAACUGCUAGGAGAAUUGAAGAGGCUAUUAGGAAAAAAGUUGAAGAAAGUUUGAAUUCUGAGGAGGUUAAGCAAGAAAUACAAAGACGGGUUGAUGAAGGUCGAAAGAAGCUACUCGAUGAGGUUGCAGCCCAACUUGAGAAGGAAAAGGAAGCAGCUCUUAUUGAAGCCAGGCAGAAAGCGGAACAAGAACGGAGAGAGAGGGAGGAGUUGGAUAAGAUGCUUGAGGAGAAUCGGAGGAGGGUGGAGGAGGCUCAAAGGAGAGAAGCCUUGGAACAGCAGCAGAAGGAGCUGGAGCGUUAUCAGGAGCUGGAGCGGCUCCAGAAAGAAAGGGAAGAAGCUAUGCGAAGAAAGAAAAUGGAAGAAGAAGAAGAAAGGACAAACCAGAGAAAGCUGUUGGGUAAGAACAAGUCUCGUCCCAAAUUGUCGUUUGCAAUUGGUUUGAAGUAAUAGAUUGCCAAAACUGUUCGGCACCUGUGUUUUAAAUGAAAUGAAAGUUCUAUAAUGGGUCUUUGUUGGUCCGGUACCUGCUAAAUUGUGAGUCACGGGAAUAAAGUGAGUGAGAUGCAUCUUGUUUCCCUCUUAGGUAUGAUUUAUCAAGCAACUUGUGGACUAUUGUUGUAAGAUUUCAAUUAAAUCUUAAUAUCUCAUUUUUCUUUUGCUUU